AUGUCAGCAACGUUUGCUGGGCUUGUGACGUUUUGGGCACAUCUCGAAGGCGACAUGAUCGCGCCGGACCGACUCCUCGAGGGCGCUGACAAGUCGAGCAUGGUGCACGCAUACUGCCGCAUCGACACCCUCGCGGAAGGCCGCAUCAUGAUGGACGGCAUCGACAUUGCAACGCUCGGUCUGUGGCAUCUGCGCACCCACUAG